UCUCUGCUUCAUCAGCGAUUAGUUGAGUAAAACUAUCUGUUAUCAAUGUAUAAUUGCUUGUUUUCUAUGCAAUAUAAAUUAAUAGUUCAAUGUAUUGGAUUAAUGAACCUUGGAUUAAAUAAUAUUACAAUAUGUGUUCCGUUAUUUUAACUCGAUUUACAUGAGUAUACCUAUAUCCUUUUAAAUAUUUAUCUGAAACGGGGAUGUCGGAGACAAUAAAUACAGUGCAGACUCCUGAGAUAACGAUUGAUGAGGUUCAAAAUGACACUGAAAAUACAGAACAAUCAGAAGAAAACCAAACUUUUUCCGAUGAUACAAUUAAUAUUGGAAUUCAGAGCCAAGAAGAUGCAAUAACAGUACCAGUCUCUACGCUGACAGUACCCCCACCACCAAAAGUGACUGCUCGCAGGGGUAAUGGGUUAGAAAAGAGCGGAGAUGGGGAGAGCAAAACAAGUUCUGCCACAGGAGCGACGUUUGUACCUCCCGGUACACCACAUUCUUUCACAGGUGCCACCCUUGGACCGCCCGGUACACCAUCAAACCAAAGAGUUCGGCACACAAGCCGAGAAGAAGAGUUAAAUCACUUAUCGGAAGAGAAUUUGAUACUUGCCCAGUCUUUAAUAAAAGAUGCAGAGAGUGGCCGCAAUUUCACAUAUAAAACAGAGCCAAACUAUGUAAGGCUUUACAUAUUGUACCAUCGUUGGUAUUUGCGAUGGGGGUUGUAUAUAUGCAUUGCGUUGAACAUGUGCCUUGCACUGGUUGAAAAACCAACGAGAGACGGAUGGGAAAUCCCUUACUGGGGGUCGAUGAUCAUCGAGCUAGUCCUCAUAGUGUUCUUCAUAUUGAGAGUUAUUCAUACUGCAUACUUCAGCAACCCUGCCAUAUUCUGGAGGGACACGAAAAACAUUAUGGUCAUUGGAAUCAUAACGCUGACCAUACUGGACAUAAUCUGCUACAUAGCCUGGGUGAAUGCUGCUCCAGACAGCCACCCGGUUCGAUGGUCUAGGCCCCUCAGGUCUCUCCUAAUCAUUAACUUCUCUGACGGCAAACAGAUAAGGAGAGCGUUUAGAAAUAUUCGUAGAACCAUACCUGAAAUCAUGAAUGUCCUUAUUCUGUUUAUGAUGAGCGUUUUCCUGUUUGCACUACUAGGAUUAAAGUUAUUUGGUCGAAGGAAAAGCCUGACAUAUUCAGACGGAUCGGAGUAUUUCAAGAUGUAUUUUGACAGCAUUUGGGAUUUGUACGUCCUGGUUACAACUGCAAAUUACCCUGACGUCAUGAUGCCGGCGUACGAUGAGAGUAAAUGGUUUGCCUUGUACUUCAUGACCUAUCUCAUCAUUUGUUUGUACGUAUUCAUGAGCAUCGUUCUUGCUGCUAUUUACAAUAACUACAGACAGAACUUAAAGAAUGAAAUUCGAGAGGCUGUAUUUGGAAAAAGAAGGAAGUUGAGACAGGCUUUCAGUAUACUGAAAGUAGAAAGGAACGGACAUGACGUGAUAACGAGACAUAUUUGGAACGCUAUCAUGACAAGGGUUUUGCCUAAUAAAAGCAUCCAACAGAUAGAGCUGCUGAUGACAAUUUUGGACAAAGAUUCUAAAGGAUAUAUAGUAAAAGCGGACUUUCUGAACUUGGUUAACCUCUUGCAAGUUCCUGUCAGCGAGAUUCACGAUAGGCGGACCUUCUUGGAAAAGAGAAUACCAGAUAUAUAUAACUCAAGGCCCAGUAAAGUUCUAAGGAUGUUUGUGAGACACAAAUUCUUUCGUUAUUUCUUUGAUUUCAUGAUCUUUAUAAAUGCUUGGUUUAUUGGUUUCGCCUUUGACGACGCUGACUGGUUCUUUCUUGGAUUUUUCAUGCUCGAAAUUGUUCUCAAAAUGUACACAUAUGGACCAAAAGACUUUUUCAAAAGGCUCUGGAAUUUCUUUGACUUUUUUGUCAUAUUUGGAGCAGCUGUUGCAACAGGUUACGAGUCCGCUGCAGGCGAUGUUGGAGAAGAGCUCAGUACCCUUGACUUAUUAUUGGUACUUAGGGUGCUCAGAUUGGUGAAGAUAUUCGUCAGCAUUAAAAGGUUUAGGGUUAUCCUCCUGACCAUUUUGAACAUAGGACCAUCCAUUUUAACAUAUGGCGGUGUUAUCUUUGUCCUCUACUACAUGUUUGCAAUUGUCGGUAUGGAAAUAUUUCAUGGACAAAUUAAGUUCUAUGGAUAUAAUGAGAGCAGCCCUGAGCAACAGUUUUGUGGCAACCCUAAACUGAACGAAUCCGUGUUCUACCGUAACCACUACUGCAACAAUAACUUCAACGACAUUAUCCGGUCCAUCGUUUUGCUGUUUGAGUUGACCGUUGUCAACCAGUGGCAUGUCUUGUCGUCCGGGUUUGUGAUAGUAACCAACAAAUGGGCUCGCCUCUACUUCUUCACUUUCCAUCUUUUCUGCGUCAUCAUAGUGCUCAACAUCUUCGUUGCCUUCAUUCUGGAAGCAUUUAUUCUUGAAUAUUCGCUGCAAAAGACUGGAAAAAUGGAUUCUGUUGUUGAAACAAAGAUCAAGGAGCUAGGUUUAGGAAUUGGCCAGAAGGGAAAAGGCGAAAAAAUGGGACCUCCGGAUGUAGACAAACUAGAAUUGGUAUCGAAUGAAAUUGAAGUUGACCGAAAACCCCUGGGCAGCAGCAACAGCAGUAGUGCCAGUGUCAACAUGGGCGCAGAUGGAUCUUCAGAGCAUGACAGCGAUACUGAUAGUAUUCCUGAUCUAUCGAACGAGAUAGGAGUCAAAUUUCACCUGAAGAAGAAAAGUCGUAAGAAAGUAGAGGUCUUACUCAUGCAAAUGUUUGAAGGGGAGAUCAAUCCUGAGGAUGAUGGAGAUGAAGAGACGUACAACCUUAGGCAAAGAACUUUGACAUUGGAUGCUGUCACUUAAUCAUGUUGUUUUCAUAUUGUUGUUUCCUUUGUCGUCUGAUGAUAUCAUCAGAUUCUGAAACAGAACCUAUGUCAAUAUGACCUGUAAAAGUGGAUCAAGCAAAACGCAAUCACUUUAAUUAACGAUCAACCGUCUUAAAUCUUAUUAAAAACAAAACAUUUCUAAGUGUUACCCAGUUAUAAACAUUAAGGUACUAAAAGGCAGUACAGAAUACUAGUGUAGGUUUUAAAAGCAUUUAUAUCUGUCCAUAAUUAUAUGGCUACAUAACAUUUAUUUAUCAACGCACUGAUACUUGAUUGACAGGCAGCGUUCGGGGAAGAUGUUCUAUGUGACAUUGGAUUAUUUAUCUUGUGCAUUACGACUUUUGGUCUAUUAUAUUAUGACUCAUUGAUUUGUACACGUAUCAUUAUAUGAUAUUGGGACAUAUGCGCAAUUAUUUAAGAUGCAUAAUUGACAUGAUAUACGAACAAAAUGUUGUGAAAUUAUCAACUUUUUCAUGUUCAGAAAAGCUCCAUUCUGUCCAUUCUAUAACAUGCUUAUAUAAUAAACUAGUAUUUCAACAUUA